AUGGCCUCAACAACCCCCACGCCACACUCGCGCUCCGCCUCACGAGGCCGCGCGCCCUCCCGCCCAACGACACCCCUCCGCGCCAGCUCGCGCUCCUCACUGCGCACCAGCGUGCAGCACGGGCACGGCUCGCCCUCGCACCACCGGCACAGCGGGCACGGGCAGCACUCGAACAGCAGCACGCCGCUCGAAGCACUGGAGCCGCAGUUCGCCGAGUUCAGCGACAGCAUGGCCGACCUCGAGGCCAACCUCAUGCACCUGCAGCUGAUGCACGAGUCGCUGGCGCGCUUCUCCGAGAGCUUCGCCGCCUUCCUCUACGGCCUCAACAUGAACGCCUUCUGCGUCGACUUCCCAGAGGCUCCGGUGCCCGAGAGCUUUCGCCGCCAGCGCGUGCGCGACGCGGAUGCGGCUGCGAACAACCUGGCUGCUGGUGGUGGGGGUGGCUUGAUGGGCGGGCUGCUGCCCGCUCGCUCGCGCGACCACGACGACGCCGAAGCCACUUUUCUCACGACCGACACCUCCUUCGUCGAGAACCCGCCCUCCUCCAAACAAGCCUCCAAGUUCCGCUCUCCGGCAGCGCCAGCGGCACCAUCCACGCGCGGCAGCACCCGCGGCGGACGGGGUCGCGGACGGGGCAGCGGUCGGGGCAGCGGCCUCCCGCGCGGCAGCGGCAUUGCGCGCGGCGUGGGGCGGGGGACGGGGCGGGGCGGAGCGCGGUAG